AUGGGCGCGAGGAUGAAGGAAUCGGGAAUGGGGAAGCACCUCUCGCCUGUGGCUUGCACCGUUCUCCCAGCGAAGAGAAGGGGAAAUACCGGAAAUCAUAGAUCGAUCGCGGAGGAAAUCCUACGGUUCAGGAACAACCCCAAUUCCACGGUUGUUUUUACAUUUGAUCAACUCUUAACUGCGACUUUCAACUUCAAAGCGGAAUGCUUCCUCGGUGAAGGUGGCUUUGGAAGAGUUUACAAAGGUCGUCUCAAGGACACAAACCAAGAUAUAGCGGUUAAGCAACUCGAAAGGAACGGUUUGCAAGGGAAUAGAGAGUUCCUCGUUGAAGUGCUCAUGUUGAGUUUACUCCACCAUCCAAACCUUGUCAACCUAAUUGGCUAUUGUGCCGAAGGAGAUCAAAGAAUCUUAGUCUAUGAAUACAUGGCAUUGGGCUCUUUAGAGGAUCAUCUACUCGAUCUUUCGGCAAACGAGAAGCCGUUAGAGUGGCUUAGAAGAAUGAAAAUAGCUGAAGGAGCAGCGAAAGGAUUGGAGUAUUUGCACGACACCGCGAAUCCUCCAGUGAUAUACAGAGAUUUCAAAGCGUCUAAUAUUCUUCUCGAUGCGGAGUACAACCCGAAGCUAUCUGAUUUCGGCCUUGCAAAGGUUGGGCCGACCGGUGAUAAGAGCCAUGUCUCGACGAGGGUGAUGGGGACUUAUGGUUAUUGUGCUCCGGAGUAUGCACUCACAGGGCAACUGACCAAGAUGUCCGAUGUGUAUAGCUUCGGGGUCGUGUUUUUGGAGAUAAUAACAGGGAGGAGAGCUAUCGAUUUGUCGAAACCUUCAGACGAGCAGAAUCUCAUCCAUUGGGCAGAACCCAGGUUUAAGGAUAAAAGGAGAUUCGUGGAGAUGGCUGAUCCUUUGUUGGAAGGGAGAUACCCCCUGAAGGGCUUGUACCAAGCCCUCGCGAUCGCGGCGAUGUGCCUACAAGAGGACGCGACCAAUCGACCUUUGAUUAGCGACGUGGUGACUGCAAUCGAAUACUUGGCACACCCCGCGGACGACUCCAAGGAAGCAACAACAGGAAGCCAACCGCCGGCCAGUUCCGCAAAAGAAAACGACAUUGGCCGGGAAGAAGGUGGAUCCGCCUUGCAAGAUAAUAGUGAACGAGAAGCUCAUAGCUCAUCGAGACACAAAGGAGAGAGUAUGGAUAGAAUGUAA